AUGCACUCUGAACUCAUUGACACAGCCGCCGCACUCAUUGCCUUUCUUGAUGGCUUGGGAGAGUGCAAAGGUCAGCCACCAAGCCUUUACGUCGACCUUGAGGGUAACAACCUCUCUCGAAACGGCACGCUGUCUCUAAUCACAAUACUGGUCGAACCUCAACAAAAAGUGUACUUUGUCGAUGUCACCACUCUGAAGGAGGACGCGUUCGACGCUACAGGAUCUAAGAAGCGUAGCAUCAGAAGCAUCCUGGAGUCGAAGGAGAUUAUCAAGGUCUUUUUUGAUAUCCGAAACGAUUCGGACGCACUCUUCAGCCUAUACGGUGUGCGUGUUGACGGUAUUGAGGAUCUCCAGCUUAUAGAGCUGGCCUCGAGGGAUUUCUCGAAGAGGUGUGUUAGCGGCCUGGCUAAGUGUAUCGAGAAAGACUCUGCAAUUGGAUACGUCGAGAAACGAGACUGGCAGCGGGUCAAAGAGAGAGGUCGUACGCUGUUCGACCCCGCUCGCGGUGGCAGUUAUGCUGUGUUUGACCAACGUCCGAUGGACCCAGAAGUGAUAGAGUAUUGUACUCAGGAUGUCAGUCUGAUGCCACAUCUGCGUGAGAUCUACUGCAGAAAGCUCUGCGAUGCAUGGUGGAAAGAGGUCGCAAGCCAGACUAGAAUACGCAUUGAGCAAUCGCAGAUGCCAGAUUACAACGCGAAAGGACCCGAUAGGGCGAUUGGGCCAGUGAAAUGGAUGCAUUGGCGGCCAACACUCGCUGAAAAGAACGUACGGACCUUAUUCAAGAUCAGUCGUCCUUGA